UAAAUAGUGCUGGUGUUAACUAAGCAGCAAAAAUUUGACAUGUCUCGAUCUGAAGACAUUUUUCACAAAUUGUUAAGUCAGUCCACCAGCCCUUCGCUAAGAGAACCAGACUGGAUUAGAAUUGUACAGUUAUGCGAUUUAAUUGUCAAAGGUUUUGUAGAUACGAAAUUUGCCCUUAUGGCUAUAAAAGCAAAACUUCUAGCGGGAAAUGAACGCAUCAGUUUGCAUGCUCUUUGCAAUCUUGACUCCAUGGCUAAAAACUGCGGUCCAGCAUUUCGCGAGGAAUUAGCUGAUUCAAUCUGUGCCGUACUCUAUACGGUUACCACAACUACAACUCACAAAAGCGUUUUUAAAAGAAUUUUGGAAUUGCUAGAAACUUGGAGUACUACUUUUCGGGACAAUCCAAAAUAUGUCGUUUUCCGAGAUUUCCUUCGUUUAUUGCAGUCCAGUAGUUAUAGACCGUCAAUCUUCUGCGACCUGGACGACGUGAGAUGUGACAGACGUCCAUUCACAUUGAAUACAGCAAGAAAAUAUCGCUGCACAUGUUGCGGAAAUUUUUGUUGUGAAGCUUGUAGUCGCUCUUAUAAUUUCGUAUUUUGUGAAGAAAAUGAUAGCGGAAGAAUCUGUGAUGGCUGUUACAAUUGUGGCUUUGGUACAACUAAUAUAGCUUUAGAAGAACCGGAUGUGAACUUCAUCGAUGGGUUGUCUGAAGAGUUCAAACUACAGUUGGCGAUAGCUAUCAGCUUGUCAGGGGGUAAUGAUGCACAAGAGGGGGCACAUGGAGUAACUCAAUCGUCCCAAGAUACAACUGCUUUUCCACGCUUGUAUGAUGAAUCUUUAAAUUUGGACCAAGCUUCCGGGGAAUCACAACAAAUCCCUCCUCCAAAACCGGCAGUUUGUGUUAUUUGUCGAGGAAACCAAGCUCAGAACGCAUUUAUUCCAUGUGGUCACAAAGCGCUUUGCAGAGAAUGCACACCUAAUGUCAGGGAUAUGGUGCCAAAAAAAUGCGUACUUUGCAGAGAAUACUGGGUCGGCAUAUACACAAUAUAUGAAUAAUAAUGUAAUGCUUUAUUAUGUAAAUCAGAAAAAUAGAAUGUAAUAUAGCAGCUAAAUUAUUGUUAUGGUUAACAAGAAUAUUUAUACUCGUAAACUGACUUGACAUUUAAAUUUAUCAAGUCGUC